AUGGUUCGCCGGACUUCUGGGGUCGAGCUCCCCAAAGAAGCUAUGAUUACUUGCGCGGAGCCAGAUGACGGGAUGAGCCUAAACAAGGAGCGGGCGGAAGCGGUCAGCAAGCGCUAUGCCCUAGACUUUCAUUUCCUUGCAGCCCCUCUUCGCCACGCACGCCGGCCGCAGCGGGCCGUGGCGGGCCAGGGAUUGCCCGCCGGCCGGCCGUGCCGCCCUGUACGGGAAUUGCAUAUUCCCCUACCACUAACAUCCUUGUCACGGAAACCCUAUCGUGGGAUUGUGAUUGCAUGCAUUGCAUUCGUCGGGCGAGUGGAUGAGCCACUGUUAAUGGUCGAGAGUGAUCGAGGCGGGAAGACGGCGUCAUGUCGAUGGAACGCGGGGCAGGGAACCUUUGUAGAUGACGGCACACCGCUGUAUCGGUCAGGAAGCGGCGGCUCCAGGGGACAUACGACAUACUUGCUUGCUACUGAAGAACUAGCUGCAGACCACCUUGACAACAUUAGGGAAGAGAUCACUUUUCUAAUCCGUACAAGUACCAUAGCAAGCCUGGUAGGGACACACCCAUUUGCUCAGCAGGACCGUGGCAAGUGGGGAUUCAACAAGGGUUCCAUAUUUGUUGGUGUCGGUGUCCCAGCGGGGCGGAACCGGACCAGCUGUGGAACGCUCAAACCUUCCCAUCGACGGCCCGCUGCCUUACCAAAAGCUCCCUUGACUCCCUCUCUCUCUCUUACGCGGGCAGGUCGGUAG